AUGCCAGGCGGCGGCGGAGGCCCUUACCCGCCUCCAACCAGCGUCCCCACAGCCCACGCUGUCGCCGAGCCUGUCUCGUCUUCCUAUGAUGACCCCUACUCCUCCUCCUCCCCCUACGCACCGUCCUCCCCCUAUGCGCCCGGAACGAGCGUCCAGCCGCCCUUGCAAGGCACUCCUGUCUCAGGCCAUACAUCCGGGUAUGCCCCCUCCGGCACUCACGGGCAUGCCUAUUCGUACCAGCAGCAACAGCCAGGACGCUGGCUUCUUCUCCUCUUCUCCACCGCUCCUUCCUUCCCCUCCUUCCUCCCCCCUGGUAUCGCCCUCUCCCACGUCGUCAUUAACGACCUCGAGGCUGCGCCGCGUUCCGUCCGCGACGCGAAAAAUGCCGACGAAUCGGUCACGGACAUGUUUGAAAAGUAA